AUGGCGGGAGCCGAGGGUGAUAGAAACCGUUCUCUGAGAGAAAUUAUAUUUGAUAGCCUGCAAGCUAUUUUGUCUCCGGAUUUAUUAACACGUUCUGGUGGAGAAGAGCAGAUAAAAGCUUUGGAAGUAACGGAAGAGUUUGGAGUCUACCUUGCUGAAAUCACUGUUGAUGUCCAGGGCCCCCUAGCCAUUCGUCAGCUGGCAUCAGUAUUGUUGAAGCAGUAUGUACAGUGCCACUGGUCGAAACAGUCAGACAAGUUUAUCUCUCCAGAAGCAACAGAUGCGGCGAAAGCUCACAUUCGACAACUGCUGCCCCAAGGCCUGUCCGAGUCCAUCAGUAAGGUGCGCUCGAGCAUCGCCUACGCUAUUUCAGCAAUAGCACACUGGGACUGGCCUGAACUAUGGCCGGACCUAUUUCCUCUCCUCAUGCAAGCGCUGACAAGUGGCCAGCCUAAUGCAGUCCACGGUUCAAUGCGAGUUCUCUCAGAGUUCUCCCAGGACGUGACAGACACUCAAAUGGGUCACGUUGCUCCCAUCAUUCUGCCAGAGCUGUACAAAGUGUUUAUUGGUGCUGAGUCUUUUGGAGUGAGGACAAGGUCAAGAGCUGUGCACAUUUUCAACAUUGUGGCUGGCAUGGUUUCUACCAUGCAGGAGUUCCAAAAAGGGGUGGCCAAGCAACUGUUGUUCCCCGUGGUGCCACAGUUCACCAAAGCCUUCAUCCAGUGCCUGCAGCUCCCUGACUCCCACACCUGUGACAGCGGACUCAAACUGGAGGUCAUCAAGGCCCUGACAACACUCAUCAAAGGUUUCCCCAAGACCAUGGCGCCGUCGCUGCCGGAGAUCCUCCCCUCGGUGUGGAGCAUAUUUACCCAGAGUGCAGAUUUAUAUGUCCGGACGGUUGUGAAUAAUGUGGAAGAUGCCGAUGAUCCUGUGGAUUCUGAUGGUGACGUCUUGGGCUUUGAAAACCUUGUGUACACCGUGUUUGAGUUUGUCCACUGCCUGAUAGAGUCGAGUCGCUAUCGAAGCUCUGUGAAGAAAACUGUGGACCAAAUCCUUUACUACGUGAUUGUCUACACGCAGAUUACAGAGGACCAGAUUCGUCUGUGGAGCAAUAACCCCGACCAGUUUGUCGAGGAUGAAGAUGAUGACAGUUUCUCAUACUCAGUGAGGAUAUCGGCACAAGAUUUGUUACUGUCUCUGGGCACGGAGUUCCAGAGUGUGUGUCCGGAGGCGCUGUGUCAGGCUGUCACCAAGCACCUACAGGAAGCAGAGGCGGCCAAAUCUGCCGGGAAUCAGCACUGGUGGAAAAUCCACGAGUCGUGCAUGCUUGCGUUGGGCAGUGUGAAGGACAUGGUGCUUCAAGCCAUCAAGGCGGGCACCGUGCAGUUCCAUCUGCCAGGGUUUCUGCAGACGGUCGUUUUGGGAGAUAUGAACUAUUCUGUUUCGCCGUUCCUGACGGGUAGAUGUUUAUGGACGGCCAGUAGGUUCACAGAAGCUAUGCCUCCUGAACUCAUUGAAAAAAUGCUCCAAGCUACAGUCGGAGGCCUGCACAUGACCCAGCCGGCGAGCAUAAGGAUUUCGGGGGUGCGAGCUGUUUUUGGGUUCUGCGACCACUUGAAGACGUCGGGGAACACACAGUUGCUGACCCCGUACCUGCAGAAUGUUCUGGAAGGUUUGAUCGGCGUUGCCACCCAGUUCUCCGUGGAGGUGAUGGGGCUCUGCCUGGAGACGUUGGCUGUUGUUAUCACAGUUGAUGAACAGUUUGCAGCUACAAACGAGGCAAGAAUCGGCCCUCUGUCCUUGGCCAUCUUUCUGAAACACGCUGGUGACCCUUUCAUCGUAUCUCUGGUCCAAGAUAUCGUCAAGGUCAUGGCCAGUAACCCAUCAUGCACCGCUGCCAUCCAGGGAAGAUUCGUCCCGACCCUCAACAGUAUUCUCAACUCCGACUCGGAGAAACUCUCGCCAGGACUGGUCUCGGUUUCGGUGGAGAUGGUGACGUGCCUUGUGCGGAGCGUGACUGUCCCGCUGUCGGACACCAUGAUGUCUUGCUUCAUGCCCGUCAUCCACGCCCUGCUCACCUCCGACGACAGCUCCACGCUACAGAGCGGCGGGGAAUGUCUGCGCGCCUACACCAGCCUGGCUCUGGAUCAAGUGAUAGCUCUCAAAGAUGACUAUGUAUGUCUCUUGCUCCCAGACAACAACGGCAUGCACUACACGGUGCAGGUGAUCUUCAAGCUGCUGGACCCCAAGACCUCGGAGCACACCGCCACGUUUGUCGGCCGCCUGGUGUCCACUGUGAUCGGCAAGUGUGGCACGCAGCUCGGGGAAAACCUGGACCUCAUGCUGAGGGCUGUGCUGAGCAAGAUACAGCAGGCGGAGACCUUGAGUGUGUUACAGAGCCUGCUGAUGGUGUUUGCCCACCUGAUGCUGUCCCAGCUGGAGGCCGUGCUGGAUUUCCUGACCAGCGUGCCCGGCCCCACGGGGAAGCCUGCCCUAGAGUUUGUGCUCAACGAGUGGUGCUCCAGACAGCACCUCUUCUACGGCAGUUACGAACGCAAAAUCAGUAUCCUGGCCCUGUGUAAGCUGAUGCAGCACGCCAUCGCCCACAACGACCUCCGGCUGCAGGACAUCAUGGUGCAGGGGGAGCAGGUGCUGCCGCAGGGGCAGGGGAUCCGAACACGCUCAAAGGCCAAGAACGCUCCAGAACAAUGGACCACCGUUCCUGCUCUAGUCAAAAUCUACAAGCUGAUCAUCAAUGAACUCUCAAACGCCAUAGAAGAAACCAUUACGCAUAACGAUGAUGAUGAUGAGGAGGAAGAUGGAGAUGAUGAGGGUGUUGAUGAUGACAUAGAUGAUGAUGAAUUUGCUCUAAAGGGGCAUUCUAUAUCUGACAUGCUCAACAAUCUGGACUAUGAAGGGUUUGCGGUUGACGAUGAUGACGAUGAUGACCCUGAUGCCAAGAAUGACCCUAACUAUCAAAUCAAUACUCAGACGUACCUGACGGAGUUCCUGCAGUCGCUGUCGGGCGAGCCGUGUUACGCCAUGUUCAGCCAGCACCACAACGCCCUGGAGAGACAGGUCCUGCAGGCUAUCAACAUCAACACGUGAGGACGACCCUGCGCCGCCGCCGGACCGACCCUGGGAUGUCCUCAAAGUGCUUGGGACUCUCGCAACUCUCAAAACUACGGAAUAGCAGCUUGCAGGAACUUUUUUAACGUAUGCAUGAUUUGCCUUUUUUUUUUCACCCCUUCUGUUUGGUUGCUUGUGAGCGAGCAUUAUAAUUUCUAAUCUUCCAGUUCGAAUGGAGAAUGGUUGUGCUUUUUCUGGGGAUGUUUCGCCAUGAGGAGCCACGUUGUUGUUUCACCGGAAUAUUCUGGAGAAUAACUACGGGAUUAUAAAUGUAUUGAGCAGGGAUUUUCGGUGUCGUUUUGGGUAGUGAAGGCAGAUGUGUGAAUGUGGAAUGCUGCAUGCAAUACCUGCUUUCUUCAUGCCUCGCUUUAUUAUUUGACAAUUGAUUGGGUUGGUUGAACAAAUGAUCUGCUGGACAGUUUCCCUUUUCCCCUGACUGGGAGAUCAAAAAUGGCGUGUGCAAUAACAAUUUCCGGGGUCAGGCAUGUUGGGGCUGUCGCGAAGUGUGUCAAGUUUUAAGCAUUUAGAAUUCUAGUUUUAGAAAGUUUACGCACUUUUACGGCACGUGCUACACUUUUAGGUUAUAAAAUUGCCGAAGAUUAGAGAUGUUACUGAAGAGUAACAUAUUAUGUAGAAAAGGAGGAGGAGAGAUAAGGAUUAUAGUUGUUUUAUUGGUAAAAAAGGAGUAAACCACACAAGAGCGCCUGCUAACCACCUACACAGAAAGUAUAAGGGCAUUGUCCACUUGGCACAUCUUACUAUGGGAGAAGAAGUGGUGGUGUGAAGAAGCUAUAGAUCUAGUCUUUGUUGAUAUUCCUUUAUUGAAACUACUGCGUUUUUAAAGUAGUGUCUGCAUGUUUCUGUUUGACUCAAAAUGUUAUUUAACACACUACACCCUAACUUGACCGCAAAUUCUCGCUGCGACCAAGCAUCUUUAGAAACCAGGUCUCGCUUUGACGACACUAUGGAGCCGAGAUUUUUAUUUAUAUAGUUAUUGCAAAAUGUUUCUUCUUCCGUUUGAUACCGAAACGAAAUUUUUCGGGCCAGUCGAAGGUGUCUCGACUUGUUGAAAAGCAACACAACUGAGUUUGAAUAAAGAAAUAAUGAUGGAUUUCAGCAAAAACAAGCAUACGACAAAUCAGAUAUUGAUGAAGACAUUGUAGCAAGAGUUAUGGGCGAUUCAGAUUUAUCAGAGGUAGAAUUUAGAUCUAAGGCCGGGGUGAGAGUGAUGGGUCAGACUCCCCGAUUGAACUAAAGUUAGAAUAUUUCCCACCGUUUGUGCAUACAUAGUUAUAUUUUUCUGAAAUUACAUUUAAUUCUCUUUCUAACUAAUUUUUUCUGGAUUUUGGGAAUUUUAGUAUUUUUUAAACGCUUAUAUUCAUGGGAUUUGGGUUCCUUCCCCUUUCUUAGGAUCUAGGAAUGGACUUCCCGUCCAGGCCCUUUUCUAGUUAUGUCCCUUUGCAUAGUACUUGUGAAAUGCCAGCGGGUAAGGCUUUGAUAAUCAGGGUGGAAUGUGGAAUUCUUUUUGUUUCAUAAAUAGGCUACACUGUGUGUGCAGCAUGGGUGAAAGUGACAAGAGACGAUUUAGCCUCAAAAUUCUGUUGUCAGAGAACUGAUAACCUGAGAAGUUCAUGGUAAAUUCCACGCAGCCUGAAAACAUUAGGAUCAACGCAAAUCGCCUGUUUAGUGCUAUACAUGUAGCCUAGGCCUAUCAAUAAUUUUCCAAGUACAGUUGUGCUCAGUAUGACAAAAAUACUAUAGUUUGAUCUCAAGUAUUCUCAAGUUAAUUGACCCACCUCUUUUUAAUUGAUCAACAUGCUGCUCCUGUAAAUGUCUGUCGAGUCGAGUUUGCAGAGUAGCCGGUCAGUGGAUGAGGACAAAAUCAGAAGUAUAAGUAUAAUCCAGUGUUUGGGAGAAGCAUAAAAUCCAUGUAGUCCAGAAAAGCAUACACAGAGAUCAGAAAAGCAUACACAGAGAUCAGAAAAGCAUACACAGAGAUGCCAAAUCUCCGGUUUUUUCCUACACUUGCAAAGGAAAGAGGAAUGGUAAGAGAAAUGUUUUUGUUUGCUCAUUUUAAGAUUUUACAAAGUACAUUUUAGGUUGUUUUUUUUUUAAAAAUCAUUUGCAACACGAUAUGGUCAUCAUAUCAGUGCCAAAGAAUGGAAACAAUUUUGACAAGCUUCUAUGUAAAUGUAUGACUGCUGAACGAAAUCUCUGUUGUUAAUGGGUAAAGAAAGGGAAUUUCUAUCUUUUCAAUGACAAUCGAAGAUUUUGGUUGAAAUUAUAAUCCAGGUGUUUUUAGCUUUUUUCUUUUCCGUGAUUCAAAGUACACGUGAGCUUUUUCUGCAGACGUUGGUGGCUUGAUUGGUCUUGGGGAAUGAAUAGGCAUUAGCAUGAUGGGUCUUGGGGAAUGAACGCUUGCUUAUCGUACGGUAGAGGGUCAUCUCCUUCAGAUGACAAUGUGAUACAAAGACGGGAUAUACGAUUUUUACGCCGGUUUUGUCUUGUACAUUAACACAUAAUUCCCUGGCUUUUUAACUGGCAUUUUGCAUGUUUUUUAAUUGUUGACAGCAAUAUUUUACUGACAUGUCCAUGCGAGAUGGAAUAAAUUAUUCUCUUAUUGAAG